AUCAGUCGACGAUGUGCAGCGCAAGUGUCAGUAUGUAUGAUCGAUCAUACGCCAGAGUUAACUGUCAGUUGAGAAACGUCCAUUACGAAAACGACAUACAUUACACGCUGCAACUGUGCAAAUGGCUAUUGAAACCAAUCGGAGUGUGGCCUCUCGUUAAUAAUCGCGCCAGUAAACUUGAACAGCUUGUCUCAACCGUUCUGAUGACCACGUGCUUUUCCAGUUUGCUCUUCAUCGUUCUACCAUCCUUUCACCACAUCUUCUUCGUGGAGAAAAGCACGCAUAUAAAAGUGAAACUGCUCGGCCCAGUUGGUUUCUGUUUCUCGUCUACGAUUAAAUACUGCUGCCUUGGUCUGAAAGGGCCCUUCUUCGAACGGUGUAUCCAGCACGUCAGAAAAGAUUGGAAAAUGGUGCACGAUCCAAAUUAUCGUACGAUCAUGUUGAAGUACGCGACGGUCAGCAGGAAGCUAAUCACGGUGUGCGCAGCUUUCUUGUACAGUGGUGGAAUGUCGUAUCAAACGGUGAUGCAGUUUCUGUCGAAGGACAGGAGAGGGAAGAAUUACACGUACAGACCACUGGCUUAUCCUAGCCCUGAUUCGAUCUUGGAUACUCAGUCCAGUCCUACGUACGAAAUCGUGUUCUUUCUUCACUGUUUCGCGGCGAUAAUCAUGUACAGUGUCACGACGGUUGCGUACAGUUUGGCCGCGAUCUUCGUCACCCACAUCUGUGGACAGAUUCAGAUACAGAUAGCAAGACUGCAGGAUUUGGUAAAGAGCAAAGAGAGAGAGAAUGGUGAACGUGAUCUUCUGUCUGUUAUCGUACACGAUCAUACGGAAAUUCUAAGGUAAGGUCGUAUCUUUUAUGACACGGAGGAAACCUCA